GUGACGAUACCAACGGUUCAGGAGGCCGAAUCUCUGAAAAAUGCUCUCGCCAAGCUCCACCAGUCAGCUGCCGGUGACCUCUAUGGCAUCGGUCCUGCAGAAGAGCCCAUUGCAUCUCUCGCAAUUCGCUUCGCUAUGUUGGCGUAUGGUCGCAACGAUGCCCACGGUCAUUCUGUGCGGGCUUUCACUUUCGGGAACGACACGGAAAUCUCAAUGCUCGAGUUCCAGUUUAAGAGCUGGUUUCAUGCCAAUGGCAGUGUUGAUGAUGCCGCACAUCUGGUGGCAUACUUGGUCAAAGUUAAAGGUGGGAUGGGUGUAGUUCUCAGCUACAAAGGAUCCACGAACAGGAAAGACUGGCAAGCAAACCUGGACAGUGGGUCUGAAUUCUUCCGCGACAGUCCUGAGCUACCAAAAUCUUUGAAGCAUGCGCGUGUGGAAGUUCAUCAUGGCUUCAAAUGGCAUAAAACCUCUCUGGACUUGCGCAUGAACAUGUUCAUGAUGGAGCCAGUGGAGAAGAUAUUGAGGUCGUGGGGUGUCCCAGAAAGAAAGCUCCACCGCCCCUUCAAAGAGUUUCUUUACCCUGGUGCGUGGAAGUGGUGCAUAAGCAUCGGACAUAGCUUGGGUGGUGCAAUGUCCGCUAUGGCUGCUUUGGACAUUGCUGUUGACAGCGGGAGCUCACAG